AUGGAUGCAUACCACCAGGAGCUGGAGGAGGAGACGGAGGUCGCCCGGAAGCUACAAGCCUUGUGCGCUGACAUGGAGGCGAACCUGGACCUCCAGCCAGCUGAGGAGCUUCGCUUUGCGCUCGUGAAGGAAGAGGCCCUCUUGGCUACUGCCGAAGAACGGUUGUCCACGGUGCUCGCCAAGCCAAAUCCUGCGAAGGCUUCCCGCCGGGAGACCUUUCUUCGGGGUGCCGAAGAAAUCACGCAGGAGUCUGUGAGGCAGGCACAGGUUCUAGCAUCCAGAGCAGAGCGACACCUGGAGGAUGCCUUUUGCCGUGCUUGUGCCACUGCUGCGUCCACAAAGGCACUUUCCAGUGUGCGAGUGCGAAGCCGCAAUGCUUGGGACUCUGAGGUUGCCCGACUUAUUGAGACUUUGCAAGAGGUCGAAGACAUCAGUGCACAGCUGCUGGAGCAUCAAAGAGAUGCCAAAGAGGUGGCUGUGCUUCGACAUUCAGUGUGGAGCUCAGCGGAGCUCCAGAUCCAGUUUAGUCAAGUGGCAACGUGGCGCUGGCCAGGCAUGGCAGCAGCGGCCGGCGCUCAAACUCAGCACUACAUGGUGGCCCCAGGCAUCAUCUUGGAUGAGAAGGCCACACUGGCCUUGCAAGCUGCUUCACCCGAGAUUGCACAGCAAGUUAUUGCCGAGCUCCAGACGAAGGGUCCAGAGGUCAGGAACCCAUCUGCGUAUGUGCAGCGCGCUCUGUCCAAUGCAAGGGGCAAGGUUGGAGGAUUCAGCAGCGGCGGCGGAGGGAGCAUUCAGGCAGGAGAAGAUGUCACCGCACGUUUGGAUGAAGAUGCCCGUCGUGCCUUGCAAGACCUCAGUCCGGAGGCAAGCCAGAGGAUUUUGCAACAGCUGGGCGAGGCUGGAGACAAGGUUAACAAUCCAUCGGCUUAUGUGAUGAAGGCGGUCCGAAAUCAUCAAACUGAGCCAGGCCUUGGAGGAGGUGGCGGGCUGGACAGCGGCAGAAUGAAUGGGGCUGUCACGGAAGUGGAGCUCGAGGAGGAAAUCAGAUCCUUUUCCACAGCUCUGGAUGACAAGGCCAGGACUGCUUUGAAAGAGCUCCCCGCCUCUUCUGCAGUUCAUAUUCUUCGCAACUUGAGGAGGCAAGCUGGCCAGGUGACGAAUGCAAGUGCUUGGGUGUGCAAGGCCGUGGGAAAUAUGAAGCGGGGUCCACCAACGACAUCAGCAUCCGCACUAGCAUUGGAGUCAGCGAAGCGUAUGCGGCUUUGA